CCACUCGCUCGCGGUGCGGCCACACAGCUGACAAAGACUCCUCAUUUGAACUUUCGAGACUACACGCCUCCUGCAAGAAGAAAAGAAGCACACACAAAAAAAAGAAAAAGAAAGAGCUGCCCAAUUAGCAUCGUGGUGUCGUCGUCCUUCUUCGGUACCACCUUCCUUUGCGCCUGUGGAGGAUGAUCGGGUGGCGCGAUGUGGGCAUGCAUCGUUUCGUUUCGUUUCGGUGUGUGCGUGUGGGCGGAUCGGAACGUCCACAAACGUUAUCGUAGACGACUCCAUCGAUUGGAAGAUCACUUUUUUGUUAUUGUAUAUUUUGUUAAUUCGAAGAUAAAAAGUCUUCUCCUAUUGCUUGGAGAGUUUGGGAAGCACGACAUAAUCCUUUCCGAGUGAUCGCUCUCCCACAGACAUCAUUAGCCACAAUCGAUGCCUUUUGUCAUCAUCUUCUGAUAUUACAUAUAAUAUAUAAAUGUGUAUUUGAUAGAGAAAGUUUUGGAGGAUAUAUUGGGAAGAAGAUCGCGUUAAAACCGGCAUUGCGGAUUACUGCUUGCGUGGAUAGAUACUUCCUUCGUUCCCAAAACAUCCCCCAAAUGGCUUUUCCUUGAUGCAUCCUCGCCUUCCCAGCUCUCGCGCACCUCCGUUCGGACCGUGCUUCGGGCGAUGACGGCGCCCAACAUCGAGAUGAUCGCUGCUUUGCUCAGGAGCUGCAAUCUGAGGAGAGGCGGAGACAGGGUGUCUCCGCCGUCGGCUGCGGCGCGUCGGGUCGAGGCGAGCGACGAGAGCGCGGGAGAGGUCACGGUGGAGCUCAACUCGGAGACGGCGCUCCCUUACCACUGGGAGCAGUGUCUUGACAUGCGGACAGGGGAAGUCUACUACAUCAACCGGGAGACGGGAACCAGGACGAGCAAGGACCCGAGAACCGCCGUCGCUGCCGCCACCUAUUCAUCGAGCUAUCACUCCGAGGAAGACGUCUCCUCUGAUGAUGACAGCUGCUCCGGAGUCGGCGGCAGCGACGACCACGAGGACAGCGUCGACACCGCCAACUCGUGCCUCACCUCCCUCUCGUCCACCUCUACAUCGGUUACUAGCGCGGAGCCCAGCGGUGGCCAUAUCCUCGUUUCCGCCGGAUGCAGGUCCUGCUUCAUGUACUUCAUGGUUCCCAAGAGCAUCGACGCCUGCCCCAAGUGCGGCGGCCGCCUCCUUAAGCUCGGCCGCGACGGCUGCGUCUGAACUCCCAUGUAUUUUGGAUCAAUCCAGCGAGAAAAGAUCGAGCUUUUAUGACCGAGUUCCAAUUUUUUUUA